AGUUCAUCUGCUUAGGCAUACAUCAGAAGUUGGAGCUGGUCGGAAUGCCAGUGACAGCAUUUUGCUGAACGAGCCUACCAGAUAUCAGGGUGAAAUUACUAGUAGUCGACAAGAGACGAGGAAAACACCACAUUCUCGCACACAGAAGCAGGAGACGCCAGUACCGACCAACAACAGUACAUGGAAUAGCCAUAAUAUUGAUAUUGAACCGUGCAGCGUCUUCUGGUGGACAUUUAAAUUUGACCAGCAGCCUACAGGUGUGCAUCAUCACAUUGAUAACGUAUUUGUUCCAUUGCCGCUUAUGCGAUUUUCCAUCGUUGCAACAACCGUACCCUCUCGCCGUACAGCUGAACUCAGAGCUGCACACUGAACACCGCAGUUUUCUUCGGGAGUCUGUGCUUGUCGUUCUAUAUUUUACACACAACUUGGACAUAGGGCACCAUGCCGAGGGGAUUUCUGGUAAAGCGCAAGAAGAAAACAGCGACAGUGUCUUAUCGUUCGCGAUACUCUGACGAGGAUCGCAGCGACAGUAGUUCCGACCAUGACCAAUACGACACCUACCCAAUGUGUCCGUUUCCAACUCCUGAACCAGGAUACGUGAACAGUGCGUUCCCCUUCAUUAGCACACACAGUGAUGUUUUACAUUGCGAUAGAGACUCUAGUACAAGUUCCCCACUAUCCACCCAUUCUUUCCCGUCACCGCUGCCUUUUCCGUCUGCUACAGUUGAUCGGGAACGUUUUACACCUCUUUCGCCAUCAACGCCACCGGUAUGCAGUAUUAGCGUUCUCCCAAGUCCACCACCCACGCCAGGUAAACGCCAGAUUCACAGUGUCGAGAGUGAACGCAAACCAAAGACGAAGAAACUGAAAGCGGCCAGGAAAUUGAACUUUGAUGAUGAUAACCGAUCUCCCGUUCACGGAACAAUCAUCAAAAGCGACCCAGCUCUUGAAAACGUUGGAAUUGACGGUAAAUCAGAAGCGAAAAUCGCAACACCCGAGGCCAAAGCAGAAAUGGAAAAAAUUGUCAACAAACUGGGAGAAUACGUGUGCCAGCUUUGCAAAGAACGAUACACAGACCCUUUUUCGCUGGCUCAACACAAAUGUUCCCGGAUAGUUCACGUUGAGUACCGAUGUCCUGAGUGCGAUAAAGUCUUCAACUGUCCUGCAAAUUUGGCAUCUCAUCGCCGAUGGCACAAACCCCGUCCAACGAAUCGUGGAAACACUGCACCUCCGAGAGUGUUGGCGGCAGCUCCACCAAAUGGGACUCUGAUCGGAGCUCACGACGACGAAAAGAGAUCGAUUGAGAGCGGAGACAGCGACAUCGAAAAAGACGCCAAACGAGUAAAACGGAACACGCCGGAUAUUUUCUCGGAGAGCGGUAGCGAAACCAACAGUAACCGAAACACCCCGAGUCCCAUUGAGUUUACAGUCAGCGAAGAUGGAAUGUACGAAUGCGAGCAUUGCGCCAAGAAGUUUCGUCGCCAGGCAUAUCUACGGAAGCACAUGCCCUGUCACGACGAGGGCGGAAACGAAGAUCGCUCGCACCCAUGUCAAUACUGCGGUAAAAUGUUCCGCAGUCUGACGAGUCGUGCCAAGCACGUCCUGAGUCACGCCAUCGGACCAAAACACAUUGAACAGCACACCUGCAAUAUUUGUGGAAGCAGUUUCACGAACAAAGGAAGUCUGGAACGCCAUGCUCGCAUUCACAGUAGUGAAAUAUAUUCGUGUAAGUACUGUUCAAGUACUUUCUACAGUUCACCAGGCCUUACUAGACAUAUUAACAAGUGCCAUCCUUCUGAAAACAGACAAGUGAUUUUACUGCAAUUGCCUGUCCAGCAGUAAUUGUUAUCAGCCAGAUCACCACACUAGCCAAAGUACAUUUAAAUCAACAUUAUUUUACAGAUAUUUUUUUUUUUUUACAAACUAUAGCGGCAUGUGCUCCGUGCCAUGCCAUGCCAUGUCAUGCCGGUACAAUAACAUACGCGAAUAGAACACAAAUCAUUUGACGUACCAGCAUGUUUAACUGAAUGAUACUUUCACGCUGUUAAAGUGCGCUUUACUGUAAAACAACCUUUGAGGAGAGUUCAUGAGGGGGAGGGGUUAAGAAACAGAAAAAAAACAAGCAUGCUGCCUACAAUUUAUUUAUUUUUUGGACAAAUUCUGGUCGGGCAAUACGCAAUAUGUCACCACAGCAGUGGAUUUUAACAAAACGGCAUACAUCAUGCUAUAUUCUAUUAUUCAAAUAUUUAACAGAAAUUUUGUCAUACACCGAGUCAGAGAUACAUGUCGAAAAUAAUAUAUUUAUCUGAUUGCCUCAAUUCAUGUUUGCACCAUUUGCAAUACUUAUACUUUCCUUUUGGACUUAACAGAUGCACUUUAAUUUAUUCAUAAAUGAGAAUGAAUACAUUACAGUACAGUUUUGAGCAACUUUGCUGUGUGAAUUGUCUUACAUAGUAACACAUGUGCAACAUAAAUGAAAUAUUAAGAGAAACAUUAUAUGAUCAAUUUAUUUAUUUAUUUUAUUGUUACUUUCAGAGUAUACUUAGGUUUAUCUAUCUAUCUAUAUAUAUAUACAUAUAUAUAGGCAAUACUUGUGUUUAUUUCAUCCGUGUGUAUGAUCACGGCUAUGUGCAACCGAACGUAUAGCGUCCAUCUGAAUUCUUUAAACAUUUUAAAACAUAAUGCUUUACUGAGUCAUCAUUUAUUAGGGUCGUUUUCAUUCAGGGAGGUGUCAAAACCACGCUGAGCCAAAGAAUACAGUGUGCAAAUGCUCCCGUCCGUGUAAGUUAUAAAAUAGCGCCGGGUGGUUUAUUUUGACGCCCGGGUUACUUAAAAAAAUCAAACCCAUAAGCAUUAUUUGAGAUUUUAUGUUGUACAAGAGUUAUUUUCCCUCUAUCUUUUAACAAAGUGAUCUGAAUAUUUUAAUUGAUGUUUCUAAAUGUUUUCCCUCAUUUUUUAUUCUGUCGUGGUAUUUAUUAUAAUGAUAACAAAGGAGGAGAACAAAGCCCUUUGUCAUCAUCUGAACUUUUGCAUAUCAUUGAACACUGGGAGAGAUCCCCCUAUAUCGAUUACAGCGCCUUGAUGCGUACAUUGCCUUAAACAAAGAAAAGAAAUUGGCGGAUAUUUUUCCGAGAGAGAUUUUUAUAUCUAUUGUAUUUUGCAUCAAAACUGAGAAAGGUAAUUUUUUAUAACGGUGUGUAAUAUAUUUCAGUUGAAACUGAGCAGAUUUCGGUACAUUUUUUAUGUAAUGUAUUUUUAGAGUUGGGAAAAGUAUAAUGGCGACUACCAACAGCUACCAUUAAGUAUGUUAUUUUUUUUGGUAAAAAAAACGUGUUUUUUCCCCUGAAAUUAUGGAAUAUUGUUAAAUUUUAAUAUAUAUUCGCAAGUUUAAAUGGAAAUAAUAAUAAAGAACGAAAGUAUGUGGCUUUCUAUACGAGA